UUUUUUUUUUGGUCAGAACUGACAAAUUGUAUUUACCUGACCGCAUCAUCGUCAUGGUCCUUUUUGCAAUGAAAUCCAUUCCUCUCAAAAUGCUGCCGAGAAUUUUCUGUAGACAUCUCCGAUCCAUUUCUUCUUUUCCCUCAUGGCACAAAUACCCUUCAAAUUUCAGUUAUUUAAAUUCGAUGGCAUCUGUCAAACCGUGGCCUUAACACUGUGUCCACUCAUCGGGAAGAUGGAUGGCAUUGAGCCAAUUUGUUAUUCUCGUAACGUGGAGUUCGCUGGGAUGAUUAUCUUUCAACCUGCAACUUUAAUCAUGAAUCUGAUUGCAUUGUUUAUGACGGGAGUCAUGAUAUAUCAUGUAAAGACCAAAUAUACAGCCGUAGGCCGAAAAGAAAUCACUCUUUUCUUUCAACUAUAUUUAGCCACUGUCGUCCUAGAGAUGCUGUUGGUCUCGAGCAUUAUUCCGAGCGCAUCCAUUCUUUAUCCCUUUUUUACAGCGAUGCAUUUAGGUCUGAUCAGUACCACUUGGUGGUGCCUUGUUUUUAAUGGGUUUGUGGGUUUUCAGUUCGCCGAAGAUGGUACGCCUCUCAGCAUAUGGUCUAUUCGCAUAGCGUCGCUGAUCGUGUUUCUGGUUGUAACCAUCCUUGCUAUGGCGACAUUUCACAACGUGAGCCCCUUCAACUAUACCAACCCAACCGCACUCUGGUCUAUCUAUUUUUUUGUCAACGGAAGCGGAUUUAUUAUCUACACCUUAUCGCAAAUAUUUCUGGUCGCUUUUACGUUGGAUGAUCGCUGGCCAUUGGGUGACAUUGCUUUCGGAACCUUAUUUUUCGCGGUGGGUCAGGUGUUUAUGUACAUCUUUUCUGUCGGUCUGUGCGAACAAAGCAACCAUUUAGUGGAUGGGCUGUUCUUUGGAAGUAUGUCGAAUCUGCUCGCUGUCAUGAUGGUCUACAAAUACUGGGACUCUAUUACCAAGGAGGAUCUUGAAUUUUCUAUUGAUGCUAAGCAACAAUAUUGGCAGUUUCAAGCCCUACUGAAGGAUGUCGGGGAAGACAAGCGAGGAACAGCUUACGAUUCAUUGUAAAAAAAAAAGACCCAAAACAAAGAAAUAAUGAAGACUACUCAUUUAUCUCUCUAUUCAUAUGUCAUACUAACAUCAAUCAUCACUGUCAUUGAUCUUUAAAUACACUAGAAAUCUCGAUAUUUGUGUUGUUGGUUUUUUUAACGUGACAUAUUCGUCACAAGAUUUGACUGAAACAGGACACGCGGGAGGGGGGUUCAGCUCCGACGUAGUGUUGAUUGGAACCAAUCAGCACGGCUACCAUCCUUGGGAGUUGACGAGGUGACCGUGAAAUCCUGGAACUGAGAUUUUUUUUUAUAGUCAGGGAACAGAGGCAUGGCAUGGCUCCUGUCAUUUUCAGUUAGUAGCUCUCAAAAGGCGAUCACUCCGUUAUCUACAGGGCUGACUGAUAUUCUUAAUCAUUUAUUCAAAUAACAAACAGCUAAAAGCAAGCCUAUCUCAAAUAACUCUAACCAAAUUUAAGUUUGUGUCAAGAAAAACAUCUG